AUGAGGGAGCAGUUUGAGCACUUCAUUCAAACUGACCUCUUUGUCAGCUUGCCCGCUGAAACUGUGUUCACUCUGCUUCGCAGCGAUGAUAUCUCGGUGGAAUCUGAGGAGCAGGUAAUUGCGGCCAUUGCGCACUGGGUGGACGCCGGUGGUGCUGCCGAUGAUGAGAAGUUGAGAGUGCACGCUCCGGAAAUGCUGAAGGAGGUGCAAUGGCAGCUGACGAGCGUGCAAUGUCGCAGUCGCCUGCUGGAUAGUUAUCCAACACUACGGCAAAGCCCCGAAUGUCUGUAAGUGUCUGCAAUUUCAGCCCUGUUAAUUUGAGAUAAAAGUUGUCUUUUGCUUCAGGUGGAGCAGUGGAUUGGCGCUGCAGAGAUGGACAAGCCUCCUCGCCCCUUCAACAUCAGGCCACGCCUAUGCCAGACGCUCUUCGUCUUUGGAAAGGAUAAAGGUCAAGACAAGUACUCUGUCCUCCGCGUUGACGCGCACCUGCGGCGGGCAGAACGAGUUGCAGACAUGAAGGGUCCGCGUAGUCAUGCCUCCUACAGUGUCGUGGGCGGUGAGUUGCCGGACAGCGCAUGCUGUUUUUAUUUGCCAUUGCGCAGGCAUCCCAGGCUCUUGAGUUAGUCCAUUGUAGUAGCUGCAUGUGCUGUUUUGAGGAAAGCAAAUAAAUAAACAAGUAAGCUUUUUAUGACGACUGGCGCCUGUCUAGGAGUUCCUUUUUUGAAGAUGGUCUAUCUGCCAGUUACUUCUGUGUAAAGACUAUCGGCUGGCCGCAUUUUGCAUUACCUUUUCCACCCCUCCCCGAUUACCCCCACAUUUCCCCAUCGGAAGAGAGCAUUUUCGUUGUUGGUGGAUGCAAUCCAGGCCGUGCUGAUGUUGACGAGUUUUUGGUGGGAGAAGGACGCUGGCGCGAGCGUACGCCCCUCGCCGUUGCACGCUGGUUCCACGCAGCCGCAGUCAUGAAGGUGCCUGCCGCCGCCGGAGAUAAGACGCUGAUUGGCGUUUUUGGUGGAUGUGGUGGAGAUGGACGCCUUUCCUCCUGUGCGCUCUAUGACGUCAGUCAGGACAGGUGAGAAGACGCCGGUUGUCGUGGCACAUCCAUUUAUUGCUAGAAAUAUCACUCAUUCGCUCGCUGCCCCGCUUACCCUCCGCUUCCCCCGAACAGAUGGCACAAAUUGCCCGAUCUGCCGGAGAAGAGGAGCAGUUCAGCUGCUGCCUGCCUACCCAGCGACAGUCGGGUCUUCAUUUUUGGCGGUAGGGAUGACUCCUCCUCCGCGCUGGCUUCCGUGGUCUUCUGCCAUCUGCGGGCAGACUGGCAGGGGCAGGCGACCUCGGCGAACUUUUGGCAGCCAGCUGCUCCCAUGAGAACUGCACGAUGGGGACUGGCAGCGAUGCCAUUUCGGGGAGCAAUCCUAGUCUCUGGUGGAUACGAUGGCCAAAGGACUCUCAACGUCGUGGAGAUGUUCUCGCUGCCAGACCCCAGCAAACCCCUCGGCCAGUGGACAGAGCUGGCCGGCAUGGAGCAACCUCGCUGGUACUUCACUCUUCUCACCUCCGCCAGCGCUCUCUUUGCUCUUGGUAAGGCAACAAACAGAUUAGAUGAAUCCUUUCAGGCUAUUUGCUAGCCUCUUUCAUGUCAGCAGAAGGUUUACAGCACCUGGCAGGUGGCGCCAUCUGCAACUGUAAUCUGUGACAUGACGCUGUGGAGGUUUUUCUCCUGCACACUGCACCAAGGACAGUCAUUGUGCAUAUUGCCGAUCGCUCAAUUUUUAAAAAAAAACGAUGUUCUCUCUGGUGUCUUUCCUCUUCAAAUGCCACUUCGUUAUAAUUAUUUAAAUAAAACAUUGUAGGCAACAACGACGCGCCGAAAAACACGGUGGAGACUCUCACGGCACCAGGAGAUUCGACCGACUUUGACGACGACUUGACAUCUUGGGUCUGGUCGUCCAUGAACCCAGUGGAGACACUGGAUUUGAUUGUUGGAGCUGCAAGCAUUCGCAUGUAAACGUCUGCGUUAAUUGUCCUUUGAUAUUACCUUGGUCUUCCUUCAUUUGACUACGCAUUGAAAAUAAACGAUUAACAAAUAAAUCUGCCUUGACAGGUGUUAUUUCAAAACUCUGAAACGAUGCGUGCCGUGUCCAACAUAUGGCAUGGCCGACUAAUGUCCACAUUUGACUGGUUGACAAAUUUGCGCGGAUAGCCAUUGGCUCUCAUUACCCGUCGAAGAUAUUGUAAUUCAACAACCUUGUCUUCCAUUUCACUACAGUGCGUCUCAACGCGCCGGUAUAGCGCCCUUACGCAACUGCGUUUGUGACUGAUCGGGUGGUUGCUAUUGAAGUUCAGUAUUUGCUUCGUAUUUGUCGCUUUCCUGAACACUUUGGUUUUUAGGCCACCACAAUCUUUGCGGCAGACGAGGACAUCCAGGAAGGCCAGCCGAUUGUUUUCCUCCUCCUCCAUCGUAAAUUGAAUGUCCGGGAAGACGGCGUUGAGUUGUUCUUUGAAAGUCAUCACCUGGUCCCGUUCGAUGACGACGAAGGUUUCAUCCACAUACCGAGCCCAGACUUCCAGCCGUUGUAGGACCGCCUCGGCUUUGAGUCCCGAAAUCGGCGAACCCAUUGGCGUUCCCUUCACCUGCUCGUUGAUUGUUCCGUCGAACGUAAAGUACGCCUUGAGACAGAAAUUCAAGAGCUGAUGAUGAUGAUGACGACGACGACGACGGCGACGACGACGGCGACGACGACGCCGAUAAUGAUGUUGUUGUUGUUGUUGAUGAUGAUGAUGAUGAUGAUGAUGAUGAUGAUGAUGAUGAUGAUGAUGAUGACGAUGACGAUGACGAUGACGAGGAUGAUGAUGAUGAUGAUGAUGAUGAUGAUGAUGAUGAUGAUGAUGAUGAUGAUGAUGAUGAUGAUGGUGGUGGUGGUGGUGGUGGUGGUGGUGGUGGUGGCGGUGGUGAUGAUGAACGAUAG